CAUGCAGUGUGUACGUGAGCCACGAGUCUCGCGGUCUCACCACCGCACCACCACUCAGGAUCAUGGCGGACGCGGAGCAGCUUGCGAAGGCCCUGGUGGUAGGCUUCCUCAACAAAGAAGACCAUAAGCUGGGAGAGAAGGCGGAGAAGAAGCUUGGAGCGAAGUUACCCAAAUUGCCAAAUGAUGCGCCUUCAGUCGUGGAAAUUGUGCAACAUUUCCUCAAAACCUCGCCCAACAAGCGGCGGCUGAGCCUGGACCCACCUCCGGCCAAAAAGGCACGCAAGGAAGAGUCAAGCUCAGAGGAGGAAAGUUCAGAGGAUGAAGCUCCAGCCAAACCAGCAACUCCUAUGGUGAAUGGCAAACCAAAGAAGGAGACUCCUGUCUCAGCCAAGACACCAGCAGGGAAAGCCCAGCCCAAGGGAGAUGCCAGCAGUGGUGAUAGCAGCAGCUCUAAUGAGGAUGAACCACCCAAGAAGGUGGUUGUCAAGCCAGCUGUGGCAGCAAAGAAGGCUGAGGAAUCAAGUUCAGAGGAGAGCUCUUCAGAAGAGGAAGAAACAUCUAAGCCUGCAGCAGGGAAGCCUCCCGCACCUCCACAAGCUAAGCCUGUUGCUGCCAAGCCUGCUGAAUUGAGCUCAGAAGAAUCUACUUCAGAUGAGGAUGAUCCACCAAAGGUGGUUCGUGAGCCAGUCAAGAAAGUAACACCUGCACCAAAGGUUGCUACCAAAGCUGAAGAGUCAUCUUCUGAGGAGUCAAGUUCAGAAGAUGAGCCUGCAAAACCAGCCGUUAAAGCUGUCACUCCCGUACAGAAACCAAAGGCACCUGCAUCUAAGCCUGAGGAAUCCAGUUCAGAGGAGUCAAGUUCAGAAGAUGAGCCUGCAAAACCAGCCGUUAAAGCUGUCACUCCUGUACAGAAACCAAAGGCACCUGCAGCCAAGCCUAAGGAAUCCAGUUCAGAGGAGUCAAGUUCAGAAAAUGAUGAACCUGCAAAGCCAGCUGUGAAAGCUGUUACGCCUUUACAGAAACUAAAAGCUGCUGCAGCCAAGAAAAAAAAAUCCAGUUCAGAAGAGUCAAGUUCAGAAGAAGAGCCUGCAAAGCCAGCCGUGAAAGCUGUUACUCCCGUACAGAAACCAAAAGCUCCUGCAGCCAAGAAAAAAGAAUCCAGUUCAGAGGAGGAAUCUAGUUCGGAAGAAGAAGAGCCUGCAAAGCCAGCUGUGAAAGCUGUUACUCCUGCACAGAAACAAAAAGCUGCUGCAGCCAAGAAAAAAGAAUCCAGUUCAGAGGAGGAAUCUAGUUCAGAUGAGGAAGAGCCUGCAAAGCCAGCUGUAAAAGCCACUACUACUGCACAGAAACCAAAAGCACCCAUUGCUAAGCCUGAGGAGUCCAGUUCAGAGGAAUCAAGCUCUGAUGAGGAGGAGAAACCUGCAAAGCCACCCGUGAAAAAACCUGAACCUAAACAGAAACCUGCUAGUAAAGAGUCUGAUGAUUCUGAUGAUGAGAUGAGUUCAGAUGAUGAAAAGCCAGCAAAGCCAGCCACUAAGCCAGCAGCUGCAGCGGCAAAGCAGGUCAAGCCUGCCGCCAAAGCUGAGGAAUCCAGCUCGGAAGAAGAAUCCAGUUCAGAAGAUGAGGCACCUGCCAAAGUAGCCCCUAAAGUGGCUCCAGCUGCUGCUAAAAAGAAAGAAUCAAGUUCUGAAGAAGAGAGCAGUUCUGAGGAGGAGGCAGCCCCAGCUAAGCCAGCACAGAAAGCCCAAAAGAAACCAGCAGCAGCUCAGGAUUCCAGCUCAGAUGAUUCCAGUGAAGAUGAGACUCCUGCCAAACCCGCACCAAAGACCAAGGCACCUGCAUCUAAGAAAGAGAGCAGUUCAGAAGAGGAUUCCAGCGAGGAGAGUUCAGACGAAUCACCAGCAAAGAAAGUGAAAACUCUUAAUUCCUCCUUCACUCCAGCCUCCAAUGGUUCUAUGAACAAGAGCCAGAACAAUAACUUUGUAAAUAGGGGCUGGAAAUCCGCUAAUUCCUCAUUCAAUACCUCCUUCGAUAAGAAAAAUGCACCUUAUAGGAGAGUCCGUGCUGAAGAAAUGGAAGUCUCCCCCAGGUUUAACAAUUCAUUCGAAGCCAAGCGAGGAUCACGAGGGUCGUGGGGCGAACGGGCAUAUAAUGACUUGAAGAUAACACGUGGCAAGGGUUUCCGCCAUGAAAAGAAUAAAAAGAAGAAAGGCUCUUACUUUGGGGGUGUUCUAGACACAGCAGUCAAUUCUGUGAAGUUUGACUCAGAUUAGUGUUCUGUUUAACAUAAACUUUUGUACCUGCUAAAUUUCUUGAAUGAAUGAUAGAAUGGUUUCCUGUUAUAUAAGCAGUGCAAGAUCAGCAUGAGUGCCGUUAUACAUGACUGGUGACUACGAACACUGUGAAAUUGUUCUUUGUUCUGGAUGAUGGGUAGUGCUGUAUGUUUGAAAACUUUUCUAAUUUUUGUUGUUUAGUAGGUUUUUUUUUUUAUGAAUUUUUCUGUACUGCCUGUUUUAAUGAUGAGAAGUAGCUGAUAAAGUAUUGCUACUACUUCAACACAAUCAUAAAGUUGUUAUAGUGAAUGCAAGAUAAGGAAAUCUAUUUGGGUUAAUUUUUGGAAUUUUGAGAUAUAUUUUACAAAAUAUAUUGUGCUGCAGCUGUUCUGGUUGUAAACAAUGUGUUGAUUUGUGUCUGUGUAGAGAAGAAAGUUGUUUGUGCAGGAUCAGCAGCACCAUCCUCACUGAGGGGAGGAUGUGCAGACAUUACUCAGUGUGGUCGUUGGCCAAGUUGACAGUUUGUUUCAUGUACAAAAGGUGGAUGGCGUGCUGCCUUAAGUUACAUUCAUGGUUGCUUGCUGAAUGUUAGGAAGAACUGAAGGCUAUACAGAUAUGUGUGCUGAAGAAACAUUCAUCGUGUACAUUUUGUUUUUCUUUUGUUCCCUACUGGGUGACACCACAGAGACAUGAUAAAGCUCCUGUGGUACCAUCAAGUAUUUAUAACCAGUAUAAAUUGUAUUUUUAAUAAACUGGUAAAAAUA